AACCUGUCCGCGGCUCGGUAGCGUAGCGACUCGGCUGCGCGGUCUGUGAUUGGCGGAGGGUGGGCGAGGCCGGAGCCCUGCCCGCCUGCAGCUCGGAGCCCCGGGUCGGCUCCGGCGCCCUCCUCCAGUCAGUGGCCAGCUCCAGCGGGGCAGCGCGCCGUUCCUUCCCCCCGCGGCCCUCCUCCCAGCUCCCGCCCGCCCUCCCGCCGCGGCCGCGCGCCCCGCCACCCGGCGCGGCUUCGGAGGCGCCCAGGAAGGCGGGCUGCGGAGACGCCAGCGCCGGCCCCGCGCUGCGGACGGCGACCACGGCCGAGCGGGACCUCGGGCCGGACAGCCCCGGCGGCGGCGGCCGCCCCUCGCGCCGGGGCCGUUAGUCAGCAGAACGCGAACGCGCGUGGAGGGGGCCCCCACACCGAGCGCGCCCGGGCCCCGCGGCGCUCGUUCGCGUCCUCGCCGGGCCGGGCCGCGCCGCGCGCACAGAGUCGGCGGGCGGCGCCCCGCGGAGGACCGCGCGUCGGCGGCCGCGGCCGCCCAGCUGCAGAAGAUGAAUAAUCUUUCAUUUAGUGAGCUAUGUUGCCUCUUCUGCUGUCCACCUUGCCCAGGGAAAAUUGCUUCAAAACUAGCAUUCUUGCCACCUGAUCCAACUUACACACUGAUGUGUGAUGAAAGUGGAAGCCGCUGGACUUUACACCUGUCAGAACGAGCGGACUGGCAAUACUCUUCCAGAGAAAAAGAUGCUAUUGAGUGUUUCAUGACCAGAACCAGUAAAGGCAACAGAAUUGCUUGCAUGUUUGUGCGUUGUUCACCCAAUGCUAAAUAUACCUUACUCUUCUCCCAUGGAAAUGCUGUUGAUCUUGGUCAGAUGAGCAGCUUUUACAUAGGUCUGGGGUCCCGGAUUAAUUGUAAUAUAUUCUCAUAUGAUUACUCUGGAUAUGGUGCUAGUUCUGGAAAGCCAACAGAGAAGAACCUAUAUGCAGAUGUUGAAGCCGCCUGGCUGGCUCUUCGGACAAGAUACGGCAUUCGUCCUGAAAAUGUGAUUAUAUAUGGCCAGAGCAUAGGGACUGUACCAUCUGUGGAUCUUGCUGCUCGCUAUGAGAGUGCUGCUGUUAUUCUUCAUUCUCCUUUGACCUCAGGAAUGCGAGUUGCUUUCCCUGAUACCAAGAAGACCUACUGUUUUGAUGCAUUCCCAAAUAUUGACAAAAUCUCUAAGAUAACCUCUCCAGUAUUAAUAAUUCAUGGGACUGAAGAUGAAGUCAUUGACUUUUCGCAUGGCCUCGCAUUGUUUGAGCGUUGCCAAAGACCUGUGGAGCCCCUGUGGGUUGAGGGGGCAGGACACAAUGAUGUGGAGCUUUAUGGACAAUACCUUGAGAGGUUAAAACAGUUUGUGUCACAGGAACUGGUAAAUUUGUAAACUACUCUGUAAAUUUGCAUACUGGGUUUUCUUUUCUUGCUGAACUGCACUCCUUGGUAAAUAACAUAAAACCUGAAGGUUUUGUUUACAAAUCAUGUAAGUUGCCUUCCUAACUGUACAGGUAAUGAUUUGUUAACAGACUUAAUGAAGGUUUUAAUUACCAGAACUAGAACUGGAAAUAGCAGUAUCAUGCAGUCAGGCUGUGUAAUUUAUAUUUUUUCUGUGAAUUUUUUUUAAACAUCAAGAUGAGUACUGUAUGAAAUUUUAAUUCUAUAAAAUCAAAUGCUGUAAAAGUAUUGCCAAAAGCUUUUGCAUAUCAAAAGCAAAUUUAUAAAUAUUUUUAAACAUCUCAAUGUAUUAAAUAUCCUGGUAUACAAAUGUAAUAUACCUUCAAAAAGCUGUAUAUCUAAAGCAAUUCUAGUACUCAGAAUAAACUGUAAAAAACAAAACUGUAUGAAAACAUCCAAGUUGAGUUGACGUAUACUCUGUUGUACAGGGACUAGAGGCUUAAAUGGUUAUUUUAUUGUAAAAAUACAUUGACUUUUCUGUAUUCUCUAAUUAUAGUACAUUUAUCCUAAGGAAAAAAAUGAAGUCUUAAUUUUUAUGCCAUCUGUUAACUUACCAGCUAUUCAUCAUGUAAAUGAGAAGUCCUGAUGGCGCUGAAUUUUAACUAGUUAUGAUUUAUGUUUGGUACUGUGAGACAACUACUUAACAUUUUCAUUCAGUUAUUUAAAGGACAUUUAGGGCUUCAAGAAUGAUUUUGUAUGCAAUGUUGUUUUAAAUUUUGACUAAUUAUUAGAAUUGUAGUAGUCUUCCUUAUAUGAAUACUUGAAACUCCGUUAGUUGUUCUUUAAGACCAUGAACAGACUGGCUGUGUGGUCCUUUUCCAUCUUGGCUGUUUUUAAGAAUAGGGCCUGUUCUUUUGGAUUACUAUCUAGGAAUGUUAUGGAUUCACUCCUGAAUACAGGGGAUGAGAAAACAUGUCAUACGUUUUAUAUUAACCAGUAUAGUAAAAAAAUAAAAAUAAAGCUCACACAAAAACUAAGUUGCCUUUCCUUGAAUGAAUCCUGCCUGAAUAAAUGAAAGAAAAAUAAAAAUUAAACUAAUGGUAUGUAGUCUAAUUUAUAAUGAAUGAGAAUUGAAAUAAUACACACUGUGGAUAUGUUUUUAAGGCCUUAUGUAGUUUUAACUGUUCUGCUUGUUCUGUGAUUAUGUCUAAGACUAUAGUAUAUGAUUCCUCAAAGUUUAUCAAGUAUUGUGAAUGCUUGGUUCAGAUAUGUCAAAUUAACAGUAAAACAACAAAUGUAUCACUCA